UUAGUGUCAUCAUUCUAUAAAACACCAUCAGAGGAUCAGCAGAGUGCAGCUUAAAUAUUUUUCUAUAAAAUUUGUUUUCUACAAAUUAAUUCAAAUCCAAUAUUCGCCAGGGACAAUGAUAAAGGCGAUCCUGGUAUUUAAUAAUCAUGGCAAACCCCGGCUGUCUAAAUUCUACCAAUAUUUCAACGAAGACAUGCAGCAACAGAUUAUUAAGGAAACUUUCCAGUUAGUGUCCAAACGAGACGAUAAUGUGUGCAAUUUUCUUGAAGGAGGAAGCCUAAUCGGUGGAUCGGAUUACAAACUCAUCUACCGGCACUACGCCACUUUGUAUUUCGUGUUUUGUGUCGAUUCGUCCGAAAGCGAGCUCGGCAUUCUGGAUCUGAUACAGGUGUUUGUAGAAACGCUGGACAAGUGUUUCGAGAACGUCUGUGAACUGGAUCUCAUCUUCCAUGCGGAUGCCGUUCAUCAUAUACUGUCUGAGCUGGUCAUGGGAGGUAUGGUGCUUCAGACUAACAUGGCCGACAUUUUGGCGCGGAUCGAAGACCAGAACAAACUACAAAAGCAGGAGGCAGGACUUUCUGCGGCUCCUGCAAGGGCAGUCAGCGCUGUGAAAAGUAUGAAUCUGCCGCAACAGAUAAAAGAUAUAAAAUUACCUGAUCUUCCACAAGCUAUCAAGGAUCUGAAAUUCUGACCAAACACAAACUUCGAUACAUCUCUACUCACUAAAAUAGCCUCCGACUCGUCCUACAUUCCUAUUAGUAGCAGUGGCUUAGAUGGAUUCAACUUCGAAUCCUACCAAUCAGAAUAUCCUCUAACAAUGACCGCGAGUAAUAGAAGGCAGGAAAAAUCCAGGCGAAAAAUGAAAAAAGGAGACAACACUCGUAAUAAAGUUGAAAGAGGAGAAGGCCAACCAGUUAGAAGCGAGGAGGAUGGGUACUAUUUGAAAAUCGCUUGAAUCGACUGCUGAUGGUCAGUACUUUAUCAUGUUUAACAUUCUGGACAAUUUGAAACUAAAACUUACUUGGAGGUAGGAUACGGAAAUUGCUUCAGAAGUUAUUGGUACCUUUGCUGACCAUAAUACACUGCUGUAAAUUAUAACCGGUAUUGUGUGUAACGGUUGUUAAAGUCGUAUAAAUUAGUUUAAUUGAUAUAAACAUUUUAUAAUGCAAAAA